CCCUGCCCCCACCCCCAGCUUCCUCAGAUCUGGGCAGAGGAACCAGAGGGAAAAGCCACCUUCCCAGGCACAGCCAUAACAUCCACCUCACUCAACUGCUUGUCAAGUUCACCACCAACACAGAGGGGGCUCAGAAAAUCAAGAAACAAUGUCGAGUGAUGAUAAAAGUAAAUCAAAUGACCCCAAGACUGAGCCCAAGAACUGCGAUCCCAAGUGUGAACAAAAGUGUGAGUCCAAAUGCCAGCCCAGCUGUUUAAAGAAGCUGCUGCAACGCUGCUCUGAAAAGUGCCCACGGGAAAAGAGUCCAGCACCACCCAAGUGCCCGCCCUGCCCCUCGCAGUCUCCUUCAUCCUGCCCUCCCCAGCCCUGCACCAAGCCCUGUCCUCCUAAAUGCCCUUCAUCCUGCCCACAUGCUUGCCCACCUCCCUGCCCUCCCCCAGAGUGAGGCACUGUGGGCACUACCCAACCCCACCACCACUGCCACCUCCACCAUGUAUAACGCUGUGGGGCUGGAGACUGAAACCAUGAACUGACAAGUAAACGUGUUCCUCUGCUGUGCAA